GUCCCAUAAUGCAUCACACUGCUACACCCCGUUGAAGUUGGACGGAUCUCUUGUAACUCGCCAUUUAGGUCUCAGUAAGAAGCAUUUAGCACUGAUAAGCACAUCCUUGUCAUACACUGGACCCACGUGGUGUUUGUGUGCAACACGGAUUGCGUGCGUCCACUGUCAGUCUGCAGGCUGAACGCAGAGAAGACGCUCGUGCCUACUGACCCGGGCUCCGACUAAUUCCCGCAUCAGAAAAACCCUCAGGUGCCAUGGCUGAAAAAGUUCUGGUGGUCGGCGGUGGCGGGCGGGAGCAUGCUCUGGCCUGGAAGUUGGCCCAGUCGCCGCACGUUCAGCAAGUCCUGGUGGCUCCCGGCAACGCAGGGACGGCAAAGUGUGGCAAGAUCAGCAACUCGGAGGUAUCUGUGAGCAACCACGCCAUAUUGGCUCAGUUCUGUAAGGACCACCAUGUGGGGCUGGUGGUGGUUGGACCAGAGGUUCCUCUGGCAGCUGGUAUGGUGGACGACCUGACAGCGGCAGGAGUGCCAUGUUUUGGCCCAUCUGCCAAAGCCGCUCAGUUGGAGGCUAGCAAGAGCUUCUCCAAGGCCUUCAUGGAGCGUCACGGCAUCCCCACAGCCCGCUACGGCUCCUUCACCAACGCGGAGGAGGCUUGCAACUACAUCCGCACGGCUGACUUCCCAGCGCUGGUUGUGAAGGCCAGUGGCUUGGCAGCGGGUAAAGGAGUUAUCGUGGCACAAGACCAGGAGGAGGCCUGUCGGGCUGUGAUGGACAUCAUGAAGGACCGAGCAUUUGGUUCUGCAGGCGACACGGUGGUGGUGGAGGAGCUUCUAGAAGGCGAGGAAGUAUCUUGUCUGUGCUUCAGCGAUGGCUCCUCGGUGGCGUCGAUGCCUCCGGCCCAGGAUCACAAACGGUUGCAAGAUGGUGAUCAGGGUCCAAACACGGGAGGCAUGGGAGCCUACUGCCCCACGCCUCAGGUGAGCGACGAGCUGCUGCUGCACAUCCGAGAGUCCGUGCUUCAGAAGACCGUGGAUGGGAUGAAGCAAGAGGGAACUCCUUAUGUUGGCGUCCUGUAUGCCGGCCUGAUGUUAACCCAGGAGGGACCCAAAGUCCUGGAGUUCAACUGUCGCUUCGGAGACCCCGAGUGCCAGGUGCUGCUGCCCUUGCUGAAGAGCGACUUGUACGAGAUCAUCUUGAGCACCAUGAAUGGCAAGCUGGCCUGCAGCGCCCCCGAGUGGCACCGGGACAAAUCCGCAGUGACGGUCGUGAUGGCAAGCGGCGGCUACCCGGGCGCCUACAGCAAAGGACAGGCCAUCACAGGUCUGUCUCAGGUGGAGGACGCGGGGAUUCAGGUGUUCCAUGCAGGUACGGGGCUGAAGGACGGACAAGUGGUGUCGAGCGGCGGGCGCGUCCUGACGGUCACCGCGGUCAGGCCUUCCCUGCAGGCGGCGCUGCAGGCGGCCAAUCACGGAGUGGCGGCCGUGGGUUUCCCGGGUGCCGUGUACCGCCGUGACAUUGGUCACCGCGCCAUUGCCCACCUGAAGCAACGCAGAGGCCUGACCUAUAAGGACAGCGGUGUGGACAUUGCCGCAGGCAACAGGCUGGUGGAUCUUAUCAAGCCCCUGGCCAGGGCGACUUCCCGCCCGGGAUGUCAUGCAGAGCUGGGAGGCUUUGCUGGACUUUUUGACCUGAAAGCUGCAGGAUUCAUUGACCCGAUUCUGGUAUCUGGAACUGAUGGUGUUGGGACCAAGCUGAAGAUCGCCCAGGCGUGCGGGCAGCACGGCAGCUUGGGCCAAGACCUCGUCGCCAUGUGCGUCAACGACGUCCUGGCUCAGGGAGCGGAGCCGCUUUUCUUCCUCGAUUACUUCUCCUGCGGAAGCCUGGAUGUGAACGUGGCCGCCGCCGUGGUCGCCGGGAUCGCCAAAGCGUGCGAGGUCGCUGGCUGUGCUCUGCUGGGUGGAGAGACGGCGGAAAUGCCUGGCGUCUACGCCCCAGGGGAGUACGAUCUAGCCGGGUUCUGCGUGGGAGCAGUAGAACGUUGCGCCGUGCUGCCUCGGCUGGCGGACAUCACCGAGGGAGACCUGCUGAUCGGGGUGGCGUCCUCUGGUAUCCAUAGCAACGGCUUCAGCCUGGUCCGCAAGGUCCUGGAACGGGCAAAUCUAAGCUACAGCUCCCCGGCACCCUUCGGCCAACCGGGGCAGACUGUUGGGGAGGUUUUGCUGACACCAACAAAGAUCUACAGUCGCCCGCUCCUUCCGAUCUUGCGCAGCGGUGCCGUAAAAGCCUACGCCCACGUCACCGGGGGAGGACUUCUGGAAAACAUUCCUCGAGUUUUGCCCCGAGAGCUCGCAGUCGAUUUAGAUGCGUCUCGUUGGAGCAUCCCGCCGGUGUUUUCCUGGCUCCAGAAAGAGGGCGGACUGAGCGAGGACGAAAUGAGCCGUACCUUCAACUGCGGCCUGGGCGCCGUGCUCGUGGUCGCCCCCAUGGAGGCUCAGAGGGUCUUGCGGCAGCUGCAGGCCCACGAGGAGGCCUGGAUUGUGGGAGCGCUCGCUCACAGGCAGCCUGGUACCCAGUCUGUGCUGGUCCGCAACCUCAAACGCAGCCUUCUGAACGGUGGUCCAGCCCCCACCAACGCCAGUUGCCUCGGUGACGUCAGCACGCCGCACAAGAGGACCAAAGUGGGCGUUCUCAUAUCAGGCACAGGUACCAACCUGCAGGCACUGAUCGAGCAGGCCAAGCGUCCGUCCAGCUGCGCAGAGAUCGUGGUGGUCAUCUCCAACAAGCCUGGCGUUCAGGGCCUCAAAAGAGCAGCGCUGGCUGGCAUCCAGACGCGGGUGGUGGACCACAAGCUCUAUGGGAGCCGAGCAGAGUUUGACAGCACCAUCGACCGCGUUCUUGAAGAAUUUGGGGUGGAGCUGGUGUGCCUGGCUGGAUUCAUGCGGAUCCUCACCGGAGCUUUUGUCAAGAAAUGGAGCAGUAAGCUCCUGAAUGUCCACCCGUCUCUGCUGCCCUCCUUUAAGGGCGUCAAUGCCCAGAAGCAAGCUCUCCAGGCCGGCGUGCGGGUCAGCGGCUGCACGGUCCACUUUGUUGCCGAGGAGGUGGAUGCGGGGGCCAUCAUCGUGCAGGAGGCGGUACCGGUGCUGAGCAGCGACACCGAAGAAAGUCUGUCCGACAGAAUCAAAGAGGCCGAGCACAGGGCCUUCCCUGCGGCCAUGGAGCUGGUAGCCGGCGGCGCGGUGCAGCUGAGCGAGGAUGGACGAGUCACCUGGAGAUGUUUCUCUCUGAUGGUCGUGUGAGAGAAUUAGAGCUGCGCCGUCAGCUGUCACGUGCACGCAGGUGGAGUGCACGGUUCGAAUCGGACGCCGGUGCAGUUUGUUGUCCGUCUUUUGGCGCCUUCUCCUGCCUCUGCAUUAAACUUCACUUCUUUUUUAAGGUC